UUUUAUUUUAUUAAUGAAAUAGAGUAGUUUAUAUAAAUAUAAAUUAAAAAUUAAAAGUCGCGGCCAGUAAAAGCUACCGCGGCAGUAACUGAAACUCCAAGGUCCAAUAGUUAAUUUUUAUUUUUAUCUGUAAAAGAGGAAUGGAUUCGAUGUCUAUUUGCAGGGGCCAGUUGGCUUACUUCCGAAUUAAAGAGCUGAAGGAUGUUCUUACUCAGCUUGGUAUUUCAAAGCAAGGGAGGAAACAGGAUUUGAUGGACAGAAUAUUAGGCUUGAUUUCAGAGGAAGAAGGUUCCAACACAUAUGGGCCAGCAAAGAAAAAAUUUAUUGGGAAGGAAGGAGUGGCAAAAUUAAUUGAUGAUGCUUACAGAAAAAUGCAGAUAGCUGAUGCUCCGGAUUUAGCAACAAAGAGACAGACUUCUUUAGAUGUUUGUGGUGUGAAGCAUAGAGUUGAAGCUGAAGAUGUUUCAUAUUCAGCUGUGAAGAUUUGCUGUCCUUGUGGGAGUUUAUCGCAUACUGAUGAUAUGAUACAGUGCAUUGACCCAGGAUGUCAAGUUCAGCAGCAUGUUAGCUGUGUUAUCUUUCCGGAGAAGCCUAUGGAAGGCAUUCCAUCAGUUCCAGCUAUAUUUCAUUGUGAAAUGUGUCGCAUUAAUCGGGCAGAUCCGUUUUAUAUUACUGUGGCGCAUUUGAUAUCCCCUGUGAAGUUAAUAGCUGGAAAUAUUCCAUCUGAUGGGACAAAUCCCCUACUAAACGUGGAAAAGACAUUUCAACUGACAAGGGCAGAUAGUGAUUUAUUACAGAAAUCUGAAUAUGAUAUUCAGGCUUGGUGUGUUCUUCUCAAUGAUAAUGUUUCAUUUAGGAUGCAAUGGCCACAACAUGCAGAUUUACAUGUUAAUGGCUUUGCAGUAAGAACUCUUAACAGACCUGGUUCACAAUUAUUAGGUGCUAAUGGUCGUGAUGAUGGUGCACUGAUCAAAUUGUACAUUGGGGAGGAGAUUAAUAAAAUUUCUUUAUCGGCAUGUGAUGCUCGCUUUUUCUGUUUUGGAGUCAGACUUGUACAGCGGCGUACAAUAGAACAGGUUCUUGGUUUGAUUCCUAAAGAAGCAGAUGGUGAACCCUUCAAAGAUGCACUAGCCCGUGUUUGUCGUUGCAUUGGUGGUGGGAUGCCUGCUGCAAAUGAAGAUAGUGAUAGUGAUUUAGAAGUCAUUGCAGAUACAAUUACAGUUAAUCUUCGCUGUCCUAUGAGUGGCUCCAGAAUAAAGGUCGCUGGCAGAUUUAAACCUUGUGUUCACAUGGGAUGUUUUGAUCUCAAAACUUUUGUGGAGCUGAACCAGCGCUCAAGGAAGUGGCAGUGUCCCAUCUGUCUCAAGAACUAUUCUCUGGAAGAUAUCAUUAUUGACCCUUAUUUCAAUCGAAUCACAACUAUGAUGCAGCACUGUGGAGAGGAUGUAACUGACAUUGAGGUGAAGCCUGAUGGUUCUUGGACUGUUAAGAUCAAAGGUGACCUUAGCGAUCUUCAAAAAUGGCAUUUACCUGAUGGUUCACUCUAUGUAGCUUCAAAUGAAGAUAUAUCCAAGUCAGAGGCCUUGAGGAAGAUCAAUAAGGAAGAAAAAUCAGGACAUACUAAUUCUGAGAUUGGGACAAAAGGAGGAAUGUUUGAAGCAAGGAAAAACCAGCAUCUUCCCUUGUUAAAUCCCAAAGAGGAAGAUUUUGAAAACUAUAGUCAGAUGGUCAUAACAAUGAGCAGUAGUGCCAGUGGAGGUGGUAGAGAUGAUGAAGACUCGAGUAUUAAUCAGGAUUGUGGAAGAUAUAAUAAUAUCUCUGCCAAUAAUGGCAAUGAGAUCAAUUCCAUUCGUCGUAAUUUUGAUUCAAUUCUUAGAACUGAAAAUCAAAGUCAUGGACCAAUAGGGGAGCCAAACAUCAUUAUUCUCAGUGAUUCAGAAGAAGAGAAUGUCAAUUUGGUUUCUUCUCUUACAGAUUACAAAUCUUGUCUACUGAAUGAUAGUGGGGUAUUGUCUGUCCCUCCUGCAAUCGAACACUCAUAUCUGGAAAACUCCAUUCCUGAUUCUGGCAUAAGUUCUUGUUUGGAUCUCUUUAAUGGCAGUGGCAGAGAUGUUGGAAUGUCAGACUGGCCAUAUUCUUCUACCCAAGUAGGUUCAGGGUUCCAAUUGUUUGGUGAAGAUUCUGAUGUCUCAGAUGUUCUUAUUGAUUUGGAGCAUUCCGUGGUCACAUGCUCUGCACCAAUGAACGGUUACACAUUAGCUUCAAGGUCAACCAUGAACUCUGGCGUACAGGUUCCUGAUUCUUCUAUUUGCAAUGCCAAUAUUGAUGAAGACCUCGUUGAUAAUCCCUUUGUAUUUGUUAAUGAGGACCCCUCUCUACAAAAUUUCCUUCCUACUCAGCCGGCUGGAACCUUGGAAGAAUCUGAUAUAGGACGCCAUCCCCCCAUAUCAAAUGGCUCCCAUACUGAAGAUUGGAUUUCUCUUAGGCUUGGCAGCAAUGGCGACAAUAUUUGCAGUGGUGUUGAUACUAUUGCUCAGUCUGCUGUUUCAAAGGGGCUGGAUUCGAUAAAUGACUGUAGGCCAAAUGAAGGGAGGAAACCGUUAAAUGGCCCUUUCUCAUUUCCUCGCCAACCAAGGUCUGUCAGGCGACGGGUUUACUCAAUAGAUUCAGACUCAAAUUAGAUGGAAUCAAAACUUUAAGGAUUCAUUGAGUAAUUCAUUGAUAUCUACUUCUAUCCUAUCGCAAACUGAGAUAAUGAUGGUGGUCCUGUCUAUCACAAUUAUUCACUUGUCGAAGGAGAAACAAGCAUUUUCGUUUUGAGUUACUGUUGAAUCCUACUGAUUGUCUUGUUAGUUGAAAUGGCUUUCAUCUACGUUGUGCUUUCAUUGGCAGCUGUGUAACAGACCCGACAAACGGUGAGCCCUAAUGGUUCAUUGAUGUUUAUAGUCUCCUCAAAAGAUACCACAGUAUGAGUAAUCUGUAUAUAAGUAAUACGAUUCAAAAAU